AUGGAUGAUUAUUCAACAAAAAUAAAACUAUCUGCUGAACAUUUAAUUCGUGUUGUAUUUCCAGAAAAAGCUCUUGAACUUGACACACUUGUUUCGAGUCCAGUAUUAUCAUUCAGUGAAGUAUCGAAAGUUCGUGCAGAAACUCGAUUACCAACAGCUGAUGAUAUCGUUGCGCACAGUAAUAACGUAACAUCCGGUGAUGAUCGUCAUAAUUCUACAUCAACACUCAAUACAAAUACAACAAAAAAACGUCGAACAGAUUCAACAGAUAAUGCUAAUUCAACGCCAUCAAUCUCAACAAGUCGUACUGUCGAUGUAGGAACACCAGUAUAUGUAUUUAAUGGUGUUGUUCCAUCAAAUCCAUUGAUAACAAUUUUAGAAGAAAAGCUCAAACCAUUUAUUUUUCAUUUUCUUGAUAGUAUUGCUAUUAUUAAAUUAUGGAUUCAAUUAAUGAUACCAAAAGUUGAAGAUGGGAAUAAUUUUGGUGUUAGCAUACAAGAAGAUUCAUUAGCAGAAAUUCGUACAUUAGAAACGGAUGUAACACAAUAUCUUGAUUUAACAUAUAAAUAUUUAGUAUCUCGUGGUGAACUUAUUAAAAAAGUAGCUAAAUAUCCUCAUGUUGAUGAUUAUCGUCGUAGUGUUCAAUCAUUAGAUGAAAAACAAUUUGUUUCAAUGCGUUUUAUUGCGCUUGAACUUCGUAAUCAUUAUACCAGUGUUCAUGAUCUUUUGAUGAAAAAUUUAGAAAAAAUCAAAAGACCACGAUCUGUUCAAACACAUUCAAUGUAUUAA